AUGGUUGGGGUGGAUCACGGCCCGUCUACCUUCAUCUCCAAUUGCUCUCGAAGAAAGAAAAUAAAACGUGUGACCAUAAUGUGUUUACUCAUGUUUCACGGCUGGCUCUGCUCUGCCGAAGAAACUCUCCUGGGAAUCGCAUCUGAUUGUAAUGGUUUUGUGAAUUCUAUCCUCAUCAUUUCCGCAUAUCAUCGGUAUCCUGGCUGUCUGUAA